AUGGAGACUGGCAGCGGCAAGGAACACGAGUGCUACGAGCUAGGCUUGCAGAGCGACGAGCUGGAGGAUGGUGAUGAUGAUGGAUACCUUGCGGUACCCAACCAGAUGCCACCACAGCUGAUGCAAAAGCUGAGCAAAUUCCCAUUAUUCAGAAAUGCACCUCCAGCUUUCCACAAGGCCAUAGCUGGUAGGCUUAAGCUCAUGACACACCACGCCCAGGAGUACAUUGUGAAGUUUGGGGAGCCGGCGAAGUCGAUGUACUGGAUACUAAGAGGCUCUGUGGCGGUGACGUCCCCAGACGGUGAAGCUGUACACGCCGAGCUAGUUGCCGGGCAGUUCUUUGGAGAGAUUGGAAUCCUGUUCAACAGGCCGAGAACAGCAACGGUGAUUGCACAGACAAAGGUUCUGCUGGGUGUUUUAACGGCAGAGAACUUCAACGCUGUGCUCCCUGAUUUCCCUGCUGUUGAGAGAACGAUCCGUGACGAGGCCCAGGAGAGACUCUCCAUGCAAGACAAGAGAAAGAAAAAUGGAUUAUCAAACAUUAUCAACACUAAAGCAGUCGCCCCUGUGAUUGACGCUGACGACUUGGACACAGCGGCAUCCGCUGUCGCCAUAGCGGCUUCAACCUUGCCAGGUCCCUCGGUACCACCGAUGAUGAGGAGAUCACCGUCACCACCAGAGUUCACUGUUCACGAUAACGUUGACCAGUCGAUCCCGACAAGAGACUUCUUGAGGGGCUUACCGAUGUUCACGUUGCUGCCCUCAAAUAUCAUACACGAGCUAGUUCUUGGGGUUGAACCAAGGAGAUACGACCCGUUCGAGUACAUUGUGCGAAAGGGUGAAUUAGGAAGAGACAUCUACUUCAUCGUGAAUGGUGAGGUUGAAGUGCUGGCACCAAAGCGAUUUUCAUUGGAUGAUUCAAAUGGAGCCAAGGAGAAGAAAGUUGACAUAGUGCUUGGAAGGCUGGGACAGGGCCAAUACUUUGGCGAGAUGGCAUUUCUCCAAUCCUUAUCAAACGAUGGCGAUAGGAUCGAAAGAAGUGCUGAUAUAAGAACAGUCUCAACCGUUGAUGUUGUAGUGGUGACAGGUGAUCAACUGGAGGGACUGUACGCUCGUUAUCCACAGAUUUGUGAUGAAAUGCGUGAGACUGCGAGAAAGAGAACAGACAAGAACAGAGAUCAGGAAACAGAGGAGAUUGAAUUACAGGCAUCUCCAUUUGGGAAAUGGAGAGGGUUCCAGUCUUCAGUGACAUCAAGAAAGACACAACCAAUAUUGGCCACUACCAAUAACGACACACCAAUCGGGCCAGCAGAUAGCACCACUCAUACGGGUGCUCAUAUCGCUUCUUCAACUACUGCUGCUUCAUCAGCACCUAGCUUGAAUGCAUAUCGAUUGAAACCAUCCUCGUCAAGCACACUUGUUGACGAUACGUGGCCACCAUUCUCGAAGAAGAGGGUGCACUCUCAGAUAUCACCUAGCGACUUACCUCUUAACAUCGGCUUACCUCCAAUGAACCCAACAGUCCCAUCAGUGAACCAGUUCCCUUCGCAUCAACGACCACAUCCGUUCCACUAUAUGGAUCAUGCGAAGAGACUUAGAUUGGCGCCGAUAGCAGGCCGUCGGAGAUCUUCACUGUUGAGUACUGGUGUAUUGCCUGAUCGUGUCCUCCUGAAAGUGUUUUCUACGCUUAAACUUCAUGAGUUGAUGAAGUUAAGACUGAUUUGUCGUAGAUGGAGACAACUUCUGUACGUUGCACCUGGCCUCUUUGAGAAAUUGGACCUCACACAAUACAACACAUCGAUCAAUGAUAAGGCACUGAUCCAGAUAACAGAUUUUGUUGGCUCAAGACCCAAGGAGAUUGACAUUUCUAACUGCUUCCAUGUCACAGACGUUGGUUUGUCGUACAUGGUGAAUGAAAUUGGCAUGAGUGGAUCUAUUCGAGUUAUCAAAAUGAGUUCAGUAUGGGAGGCAAGUGCCAUGGCCAUUAUGGAUAUUGCAGUUCAAAGCAUUGGGCAUCACAUUGAAGAGCUGGACUUAUCGAACUGCCGUAAAGUUCGAGAUGACGUUAUAGAACGCAUCGUUGGUUGGAAAACGCAGCCCAACUCGAACGCUGUAUGGAAUGAACAGUCGUAUGUUAACGAUAUUGACAGUCCGGAGUCAUCUGUGGGAUGCCCUAAACUGAAAGUGUUAAGUCUGGGUUAUUGUAAACAUCUCACCGAUCGGUCAAUGUAUCACAUUGCAAUGCAUGCUAAUGACAGGAUAGAGGCAUUAGAUAUUACACGUUGCACAACCAUUACCGACGCAGGGUUUGCCUAUUGGGCGUAUCAACCUUUCUCCAUGUUGAAGAAAUUGAAAUUGAAUGAUUGCACUUUUCUCAGUGACAAGUCGAUUGCAGCUAUUGCCAGCUCUGCUCAGAACCUUGAAGUUUUGGAUCUCAGCUUUUGCUGUGCGUUGACAGACGUUUCCAUCGAUGUGUUAUCUCUUGGUUGUCCAAAUUUGAGGUACUUGGAUGCAUCAUUUUGUGGGUCGGCAGUAUCAGAUUCGACUUUACUGACACUUUCCAUCCAUCUAAGGCAUUUGCAGUCACUUGUGAUCAAGGGAUGCGUAAGAGUUACGAGGGCUGGUGUCGAUGCCUUACUUACAAAUAGCACCAGUCUGACGUAUUUGGACAUUUCCCAGUGCCGCAAUGCCCACUUUUAUAGUGAUUCUUCACCAGGAAUACCAUUUCAACCAAGACCAGGUUCAAGAUCCGCAUUUAUCAGCACCGCCAACGCUAAGGUUGUUGAGAUAGUUGUUUAG